AUGUGUGGACUAUGUGAAAUUGAAUUGGAAUUGAUUAUGAUGAGCCAUUUCAAGGCUCGAUUGGUUGGCUUAGGAAAUAAGCAGGAAUAUGGAGUUGAUUAUGAUGAGACAUUUGCACCAAUUUCCAAAAUGACAUAUGUUCGUACGAUACUCUCUAUAGCUACUUCUAACAGGUGGUUUCUUCAUCAAAUUGAUGUGAAAAAUGCUUUUCUUCAUGGUGACCUGACAACGUCUACUGGAAUUGCCCUAUUUCUUCUAUAUGUUGAUGAUAUGAUCAUUAUUGGUUAUGAUCAUGCUUCAAUUCAAAGCCUUAAACAACAGCUACAAGCACCGCUCCAUAUGAAAGAUCUUGUGGAUACUCCUCUUAAGGUUAAUGUUAAAUAUCAUCGGGAUGAUGGUGAUCUCUUGCCUGAUCCCUUAUUGUAUCGUCAACUCGUGGGUAGCCUUAAUCACUUUACUAUUACCUUCCCUGACAUAUCUUUUGUUGUCAAACAAGUAAGUCAAUUCAUGCACUCUCCUCUCCAUCUUCACUUGGAAGUAUUUCGUUGCAUCAUUCUCUACUUGAAUGGAAGCUCUCAUCGUGGUUUAUUCUUUCCCACUGGAAUUUUUCCUAAAUUAAGUGCUUUUAAUGAUGUCGAUUGGGCAGGGUGUCCUGAUACUCCGCGAUCUGUCACUGGUUGGUGCAUGUUUCUUGGCUCUUCAUUGAUCUCAUAA